CAGCUCUGUGAGGGUUGCAGCAGGCAGCAGAACUGCAGUGGCUGCUGCGUGCACAGUGGGGCUGGAGAGGCGAGGCAGGAGCACCGGCAUCAUGCUGGGCCAGAAGCCAAAGCUCAGCAAGCGCAUCCGUGAGCUGCGUGCCAGCAUAGCCUUGCAAGGGCAAGCAAGGAAGUUUUACAGCAAGUCAGAGGAAGGAAAGUUCAAUGAGAACCGAGAGCUGCUGCCCCAGCUGCGAGAGGCGGUGCAGGAGGAUAUCCAUGCCCUGGGCCUUGUCCGCAAGGUACCAGCAGGUCCCAUUUGCUGUGUCCGUGACUGUGACUCUGCUGGACCUGCAGAGCUAGCUUCUCCACUGGUCCUCUCCAGGAGCAGGAAGUGCAGGGCAGCAGGAGGCUGGGACCAUCCCCAGGCUGGCAUUGAUGUGUUCUCUGCCCUUCUUCUGCCCACAGCACAAGCUCACCAUCUCUGAGGCUUGUGGAGCGGAGCAGCCCUUGGGCAUUGCUUUGGCCAGUAAGACCUUGGAGGUGGCCCAGGAGAAGCUCCGGGCUGAAGUCUAUGACAGGGUGAACAAAUGCAACAUGCUGCUGUACCAGAUGGAGCAGCGGAGCCGGGCCAAGGAGCAGCUGCAGAGGCGGCUGCAGCAGCUGCAGGAUGUCCGGGUGGCUGACAAGCAGCACCAGGUACAGGUGAUUCGUGUGCUGCAGAACAGCAUAGACAAGAUGCACACAAAAAUCCACGCUGGGCAGAAGGUGGCUGCCCUGUACGUGGUGGUGCGGGAUGCCCUGAGGAAGGAGCUGGCCCACCUGCCUCUGCACCUGGACCUCCUGAGUGAGAUGGCCGAGCUGCAGCAUGGGGAGGUGGAAGACAUGGAGCUCAUGGCCUUGGAUGGGCUCCGAGCUGCUCGUGUAACCAAGGAGCACAUGGCCAGGACGAAAACCCAGCUCCUUGCAGAGAGAGAGCUCAGGCUCCGCACCCUGGCUGCUCAGAAGGAGCCCAUGGACAGAAGCUGGCGCAAGGAAGCAGAAGAAAGGCUUCUGAAAGGGCAAGCCAGGCGUGACCUCACCAGGGACUUCCUGGGCCUGCCCGCAGAGGACCCACCGGUGGCCGCCGAGCCGGAGGCCCCCAAGUCCCAGCUGGAGCGUGAGGCCUGCGUGAUGGAGAAGCUGGAGAAGGCCAAGGCUGCGGUGCAGUGCUCCCGCCUCUGGGACAUCCCCAUCAGGAUCCUGGCACAGCAGAAGUCCCUGGCGGAACUCGAGCAGUACCUCGCAGGGCGCAAGGAGGAGAAGCAGGAGCUGCAGAAGGCACUGAAGGAGCUGGAGAUGCAGCUGGAGGAGCUCAAGUUUCGCCAGCCCCCAGCCACAACCAGGUGCUGCUGGCCUCCGGACAGUCGUGCCAAAGGGGCCAUCACCCUUGGGGGCAGGGGGACAUGUGCAUGGGGGCUGGAGGAGGAGCUGAGGACGAGGCUGCAGUGGGAAGAGGCUCGGCUGGAGCAGAGGCGAGCCCAGCUGCUGAGGAGCCAGGAGACGCUGCUGGAGUUUGAGAACGGAGUUGACAACCUCUUCGUCCGCCUGCGGGGCAUCCCCGUGCCUGGCCAGGAGCACUCUGGCAAGGCCAUGGGAGUGGACGAGAAGCUCCAGCAGUGCGAGCAGAAGCUGCAGUACCUGGUGCAGCGGGUGGCUGACCUGCCCCCCUCCAGCCUCAGCGAGGAUGAUGAGACUUUUGUGAAGGUCCGACAGCUCCUGGAGAAAACCCUCCUGAGCGAUCCACGGAACCAGAAGGUUCCCUUGGAGGACACGGGCAUGGGGGACCCAGGUAGGAAAGGGGACACAUCCCACAGCAACUGCCCCAGCCCCUGCCCCCUGGGAUUUCUGGGUGUCCUUGCCCACCUCCCACUGUCCCAGCAGAGCCCAACCCAGGAGCUGCUCCAGGCGUUGGGGCUGACCUCGGCUGUCUCCAGGCCUUUGAGCAUAGUGCUGGUUUGAUGUGUGCAUGUGGCAGACUGGAGGCAGAUGGUGGGCUGGGGAGCGUAGAAGCACCGCAGGAGCAAGGAGGGAUGCUGUGGAGCUAGCGGGGAGACCCUCGUCUUCCAAAUCCCUUGGCUGGGAAUAUUCUUCACAGCCAGGGCUUGGCUCUGCCAGCGGCCUCCUCCUAGGGGAGCUUCUGGUACCUUACCACCUUUUCUUAACAAAGCAGGACCCAGGGCUUUAUGGGGAGCCCCAGCAGGGUUGAGACAGGCCACAGCAGGUCCUGCAGGUCCCCCUGGGCUGCUGCUGUGGCACAGCCAAUGGGCAGUGCCUGUCCUGAGGGCUCUCCACGGUGCCAGCAGCCCUCCCAAAUGUGCCGGCUCCUCCUGGGGACACAGGCACAGCAGAGGCAGCCCCACAGACCCUCCCCAGCCCGCUCCUCUCCGCUCUCUCCUCCAGACUACUUUGAUUUUGAUGACGACCACAGUGGCCUUGUCCUCACCAGAGAAGCCAUCAAGAGCCAAGGGC